AUGAGGCUCCAAUUAUUCGUACAUUUUUAUUUCAUCAUUGUUGUAAUUGCAGGAACUAACACAAUACAACAGUUUAGGGAUGCCGGUGAUAGACUAAUCACAUCAUUGAAAAACCUGGACAGUAAUGGAACAUAUGAAACGCUGACAAUGGAGAAGGUACCUGUUAUCGCGGUACAGCUUCAAAACAUAAGUGCAAAGUAUGAGCAACAUAAUUUUAUAUUGAAGGGUUUAGAAGCGGUCCUAAAUUAUAAAGUCAAAAGUUUGGCCAAUAAUGAUGCUGAGUCGCUCGAAAUAGAAUAUGAAAAGGUCGAAAGGGCACUAGAUGCGGCCUUGAACGUUUCGCCAUUUGAAUAUAUUAAGAGGUUCAGAGAAUUCUCCAGGGAUAAGGUAGUCGAUGCUUUAGAGAAUCUCAAUAGAGAACAGAAUCGAGUUACUAUAAAUGGUGGUAGAGAAGAUGAAAAAGAGGAAGAAGCGAAAGAGAAAAAAAAACGCUUAGACAGAAUAAAGAGAAUUCUAACUGUAAGCCUCUUAGAAUUGGGGCUAGCUCAAGGAGUGGCUGACUUGUGCGCAGUUGCACCCUUUGCAUGUCUUCUAGGGGUGACAGUUGGAAGUAUCGGUUUCAUAUUUUGGUUAGCACUGAUAUAUAAUGCUAUUCAAUAG